GUGAUCGAAUAUCUUUUACGCUUUAAGGAAGGCAACAAUCUGGCCAACGGAACGACGCUGGGUCCAUUGCAAAUCGAUGUUGGCGUUGCUGGUGCAUUGGCGGAUAGCCUGAAUGGUGAUCGCCGGAGGCAUCGAACCGAUCCCGGGAUUAUCACUCAACGAAUCAGCACUUAUUUACACAGACAAUUGUGCUUGAUAUGA